UCCAUUGGCGCUGAGGAUCUUCUCCCGGUGCGUCCCGCCUAGCCUACUUUAUACACUUAUUUGUUGUCCACACCUACCGAAGCGCAUCUUCCGGCCGCAGGAACACUUUUCCCCGUCAGCCGCGAAAUAUAUGGAGCGUGCAGUAGUCUGGACGCGGAUUUAACGUGUCCAUGAUCGAGUCGAUAUGGUUGUUCGGCUGGCUAGUCAUGUAAGUGCUUUGGUGAUUGAUAUAGUAUAGGUGGUGUAUCUCCUACCAUUGUUUCCCUGCCGUUGACUCUGUUCCUUUCUUUAAUUGCACAAGCCUGUCAUGCCAGUAUCACACGUAGGGUUGACUGUUUCUCACAUCCCCUCUGCGUGCUCCUUUUUCCUCUCAGCACUCCAACCUCUAGGAUACAAAUACAUCGGCAACCAAGGCGACUCCAUCGGUUUCGGCACCGACGACGCUGAUUUUUUCCUAAGUCCUGAGGCACCAGGUGUCAACCGUAGCAAUUCACAUGUGGCAUUUUCCGCGACCAGCAAAGCGGCGGUGAGGGAUUUUUACGCAGCUGCUCUCACCGCUGGCGGUCGACCGAAUGGUGCUCCUGCUUUCAGAGGCUGUAAUGACUGUAUCUUCAAUGCUGCUGUUUUGGAUCUCGAUGGCAAUAGUAUCGAGGUCAUCUAUCAUCAAUUCGACGACGAAGAUGCAUACACUACGAUCACUGGAGGUAGCCGUGUUCUGGAUUGGAGGGAACGGAUUGUAAAUGAUUUGGAAGACGAAGACAGAACGACCUUCGUCUCCGCAAGAAGCCAAUAUGAGACCGAGGAUAAGUUCUCACCGAGCAUCGCCAAAAGUACCUCGAUGCCUGCAGUUCCAGCGGCAUCAUCAAGCUCGAGCUCCAACUCUGGUAUCCACAUCACUGGUAAAGCGAUCAUCGGCACCAUACUCGGAGCGGCAGCCGGUGCAGCAGUUGCUUAUGCCAUGGUCAAGAGCGAGCAGGACAGUGCGCAACAAGAAGCAGAGUUCGCUGAUAAGAUGGCUCGGAAGUCUUCAUCAAGAAGAGUAGCGAGUAAGCUACCCUGUAUUGUCUACCCUGGUCAAGCUUCUCAGACAAACAAGGCGAAGACCGUAUCAAGCUCAUCGACAAUGAACAAGAAUGCACCAGUAGACAGACUGCCCAAUGAUGCGACUGAGGAUGUACAGGCUCGACCAAGAACCAAGGUACACCGCAACUAUAGCACCACGGAGUCGAUCGUUGCUUCUAGAGUCAUGGAAGAGUUCGGCGACAAUGACGCCGAAAUUCCUCUCCGACCACAAAAGCCUCGCUCAUUGCGAGCCAUAGACGCUGCUAUGAAGCCACGAUCGAUAGACUCAAGGACUCAUCACAAAGAUUCCUACCUCUCUUUAUCACCCACUUUGAGAGACGAGAAGAAGUCCGAGGCAGUCUACGUUCCAGCUUCCCAAGCUCUGAUCCAGACUCCUCCCAAAAUACGCCAUGGUGUCCCAUCGGUGAUAUCGCCAGGAAGACAGAUUGAAUACGUACCAGCAUCUUUGGUUGUUCAACGGCCUACUAUCUUUUCUCGUCGCGCAGUCACAUCUCCUGCUUCCAUAUGCCAUACAAAUCGCCAGAUUGGAUAUUCUCCGGCACAAGCUCAGGAGAACCCGUCGCAGGAUCUUGUAGUCGUACGUCGGGAUAGCGCAAUGAGCAUGCACUCAACACACUCGAAUAAGAGCAGACAUGGUCAGUCGUCUCAAAGAGAAUCCCCUAGAACUCACCACGGUGAGCGCCAGGAUAUGUCUCCCGAUCGAGCCAGUAGACACUCUCACCGAUCUAACAAGCAUCAAGACUAUUCAGUCGUGAGCCGACGGAGUGAACACAGGACAGGCUCACCAGAUCGGUUGAACAGACACCGCAAUCCAUCGAGUCAUCAUUCAGCUGUGUCUAAGAGGUCUUCUAGACAUGGAUCCAGCGCCCACAGGGAUCGAUCACCUUACGAUGGGUCUGAUGCGAGCACCAUCAAAGCAAGCCAAGUCAAUAGAUCGCACCGUCACUCUGCAGCAGAUCUGCCUCUGCCAGUCUCGAGGAAGACAUCUGUGGUUUCUGCCGCAGAGUACGCUUUGCUGGAAUCCCGAAGCACUUUCAUUGCCUUAGGUGCGGAUAUGCCGCCCCGGGCAUCUAGAAGGCCUUCACUGGUCUCAGCCAUGGAGAGAUCUCUUCCUUCAUCUAGAGCUGCCUCGACAACAUCGGCCCAUCAAAUUCCUCUGCCCGACUCUCGAACAGGUAGCAUCAUCAGCGGCAUCCUGGGUCGUCGAGUCUCAGGACAUACAUCAGAAGAGCGAUCGGCGGCUGAUAUACCAUUGCCAGAGUCGCGCAAGACUAGUCUGGUGGGCAGUCUUCUCUGCAAGGAUCCUAUACCUCGCAUCGAUGAUCUCGAGACAGUGGCUCCAGAGGACAGUAUCUCUUGCGUUGCAUCCCGCCAUACUCGUCACGAGCGAAGUCCUUCUCGUCAUCGGGAGCAUAGUCAUGACCGUGAGUCCCGGGAAACUGACCAAAGUAAGAGGCAUAGACAUAGAUCACUACGCGGUGAAGGCUCGAGACGAUCAAGCAGACAGUCAGAGUCUGGGCGUGAUUCCACCACCAAGCCGUCGAGAGGUACUAGACAUAGUGCCGCCAGUCUGCCCAUUCACGGUAGAAGCAGAACAGGGAUCGAGAGAGAUGAGAAGCGAGGACAAAGAAGUUCCGUCAGUGUAGCUUUUGGAGGUCGCUGAAACGAGACCAGUUCAUAUGUCUUCUAUUGUUCUUCUAGUACUGAAAUGAGUGAUUGUCGUAUCGUUUUUGCUGCUAUACUCGCAGCUGAAUUCGAUGAGUUGCUCUCGCCAAUUCUAUUCAAUUACGGAAUACAUGAGGACA